AUGCCCAACCACAUCGCCUCGCCGCUUGCCGUCUCGCCCUCGCGCGAGCGGCUCCAGCUCAUUACCUCCCAAGACUUCGCCAGCCUCACCAAGACCCUCUCCUCCAAGGACCCUCCAGUCUGGGACGUCCCCGCCCCUCCGCCGCCGAGCCCCGUCAGCUUCCGCCACGAGAAGCCUAGCUCCCGCCGCUAA